AGCUACACCGUAGAGAGAGUGCGGUGUAGAGACAGCUCAGGGACGUGAGUUGAGGGUUCAAUGUAGGUUUACCGACUGAAAAGGGUCGUUUUAUUCUUUGUUUGUUUUUAUUUAAUUAAGCACUGGGAAAAACCAAAGAUAAGUGAAUAAAUACAUACAGAUUCCCAAAAUGCUUUGCCAUGUAACGCGGCCGGACUCGGUGGUGAUGGAGGUGGAAGUUGACGCGAAGGCGAAUGGAGAGGAUUGUCUGAACAAGGUAUGUAGGAAGCUGGGUGUCAUAGAAGUGGACUAUUUUGGCCUGCAGUUCUCCGGCAGUAAAGGAGAGAACCUGUGGCUGAACCUGAGGAACCGAAUCUCGCAGCAGAUGGACAGCGUGACUCCCUGCAGGCUCCGACUGAGGGUCAAGUUCUUCGUCGAACCCCACUUAAUACUCCAAGAGCAGACCAGGCACCUGUUCUUCAUGCACGUUAAAGAGGAUCUGCACCGCGGUCAUCUGCGCAUGUGCUCGGAGAAGGCCGAGGAGCUCAGCGCCCUCCUGGCGCAGGCGGAGUUCGGCGACUACAACCAGAACACGGCCAAGUACUGGUACACCGAGCUGUGCAGAAAAGAUCCCGACCAAGAGACGGUUAACAGCAUCAUAGCCAAGCACAAGGCUCUGGAGGGGCUGAGCCAGGGCUCCGUGGAGUACCAGGCCCUGCAGUUGGUAGCGUCUCUGGAGCACUACGGCGUGGAGUGGCACUGGGCGCGGGACGCGGAGGGCCAGAGGCUGGCGGUCGGAGUAGGACCUGAUGGCAUCGCCAUCUGCAGGGACGAUUUCAGCCUGGUCAACAGGAUUUCGUAUCCUUUAAUCCAAAUCGCCACACAGUCGGGGAAGAGUGUGUUUCUGACCGUGACGAAGGAAAGCAGCGACAGUGUGGUCCUACUGUUCAAGCUGAUCAGUAACCGAGCGGCUAGCGGGCUGUACCGGGCCAUCACGGAGACGCACGCCUUCUACAGAUGCGACACUGUAACGAAUGCAGUCAUGAUGCAGUACAGCCGUGACUUCAAGGGCCACCUGGCUUCACUUUUCCUCAACGAGAACAUCAACCUGGGCAAGAAGUACGUCUUCGACAUCCGCCGGACGUCCAAGGAGGUGUACGACUACGCCAGACGGGCGCUGUACAACGCCGGCAUCGUGGACCUGAUGUCCCGGUCGGGUGCACGUUCUCCGUCCUCCCGCUCGCCUUGGCACGGACAGGAGAACGCUCCGGAGUGUGGAGGGUGUCGGCAGAACCGGCUGCUCCAGGAGAAGCUGCAGAAGCUGCGCGAGGCCUUCCUGUGCAUGCUGUGCUGUGAGGAGGAGAUCGACGCCGCCUUCUGCCCCUGCGGCCACACCGUGUGCUGCCAGAACUGCGCCGCACAGCUCCAGUCGUGUCCGGUGUGUCGCUCGGAGGUGGAACACAUCCAGCACGUCUACCUGCCCACCUGCUCCAGUCUGCUGAACCUGACCGUGUGCAGCGACAGUCCUGCUCCCAUCCACCGCUCCAUGGCCACACACACCUGCACUACCAGCCAUUACUGCAGCGACGACAAACUCUGCCAGACCUAAACCAACCUCCACAUCGCUUUCUUUCUUGUAUUAUUUAUAACCGCUCACCAUCUCUCUCUGUUCUUAAAACCACCAAUGAAGAGACCCUCCGUAGAGACUUUUGUACUUUAUCUUAAAUUAAGUGUAUCAGUUGAUCUGAUAAACAGCUACUUUAUCUUUUUAUUUGAAGUUUGUUCUGUUAUUCUAAUCCAUACUAUCAUAGCCUUCAGUUUUAUUUUAGAAACAUACUGAUAGUGGUUGUUUUUGUUGUUGUCCCCCCCCCCCCCCUCCUCCUCCUAUUUAAUUGCGUUUUAUGUUUGUUUUAUGACGUGAUUUUUCCACUUUGACCGUAUUGGAUUUUGCAGUGGAAUUGCGCGCAGUAUUUGUGUGUAUCAUGCCAAUAUCCCUUUCUUUUAUGCUGAAGGUUACAGGAAUUACCGAGCGAACACGAUCGGGCCUCUAACGUUUAUUCACGUAAAUUUUUAGCGCUCACGGUCUGAUUAAUACUCCAGGCACUGAGUUAAGGAGGCUAAACGAUAGAAAGGUGUCUUGUGAGCAUCUCGAAUAUUUAACCCUGUGAUCACUUCAACUUCACUCAUCACCCUAGAGACAUCCCUCAUAUGCAAAGGAUACUUGGUGCAAUUGUAACUUUUGUUUGUUUGUUUUUGUUCUUUAUAAUGUGGGAUGUAUAUAAAAUAGAAAAAUAUUGACACCGUCACUUUACCAAGGAGUUUAAGGCUCUAAGGCCUUAAUGUAGCAGUAACACAGUGUGUUUGUUAUGCAUAUUCUUCCUUUGCACAGACUAUUGUCGUUAAUAAAAUGAAAGGAAUUUAUUUUCUUUAUUGCUGACACGGUCACUGCAGGGGUGAAAUUAUUAUUAUUAUUAUUAUUAUUAUUAUUAUUAUUAUUAUUCUCUCCAUUUUCUACAAAUAGAUUUUGUUUCUGUUUAUUUGAAGCAAAAACUAUGCUCUGUACUUGUAGAGUCUUUUUAUAUUUCUUUGAACAAAAGGUAUUAAUAAAGUUGUGAUUUUUAAACAAGGA